UACGGCACAUACCUGGUCCAACCGUGAGUUUUCCCCUUUUUGAACUCGUCCCAUCAUGUCCGGGUCCUAAUGGAGAGCAUCAUCUAGAAUAGCCUCUUUUUCAUCGGCCAGUUCGUCAAUUUGCUCAGGUCCGAGACACCUACCACUUUAUACAUCGACUGGAUGCGGAAGAACCCUAACGCUACCUUCAUCCGAUAUCUAUCUUUCGCCAACACCGAAGUACUCGUGCCCAUUAGCGUCGAAGCUUUUAAAGAAAUCCUCCAGACAAAAUGCUACUCCUUCCAGAAGUCCGCCGCAUGGCGACGCAUCAUGAAGGAGAUAUUGGGCGACGGUAUAGUCUCCAUGGAGUUCGACCGACAUAGAGCCCAUCGGAAAAUACUCAACAGCUGCUUCACCGUGACUAAUAUUCGCAAGUUGGAGCCUGUGUUCAAGGCCAAAGCAUUCGAGGUGAACCAACUCUUCGAUCGAUCUAUCGCAGUUGGUAAUGACGGUGAGACCGGGGUCAUCGACUGCUGUGAGUACUUCAGCAAGUUCACCCUUGACGUGACGACUAUCGCCGUCCUCGGAACAGAUGCUGGGAGUGUAGCUUCGACUACCUUGCCUGGAGAGACUAAACCCCACGACAUAGAAGCUAAAUACGAACUCCAUGAUGCUUAUAUGAAUACCCUCGCACAAGGAACACUAGGCGGGAUACUGAUGCUUGCUAAUUCCUACGUGCCAACACGAUGGCUCCCCCUCCAAGCAAAUCGUGACUUCCUCUUCGGAGCCUCAUGGCUCAGGAAUUAUGUGACUCAAUUAUUGAGGAAACGACAUGAAGAACUCAAGAAGUCCAUGGAUGCUGGGAAGUAUGAAACAAGUGGCUCGCGCGAUAUCUUGACAUUUCUGCUGGAAGAGAGCAUGCCUGGCGGUUCGGCUGAGGGUGCCACAGAAUCAGAGACGGUGGGCCAUCUCCUUAAUUGCAUGGCCGGCGGCCAUGAAACCUCUGCGUAUAUGCUUUCGUUUGGCCUGUACUUCAUGGCAAAUAAACCCGAUAUUCAAAACAGACUGCGUGAGGAGAUCUUGGAACUAGGCGAUGACCCUAGUUUUAGCGAGCUUGAUAGAUUAUCUUACCUCGAUAACUUUAUCAAGGAGACGCUUCGCUUGUACCCACCUGCAACUGGUAUGUUCCGCGAAACAAUCGAAGACAUCACAAUCCAGGGAGUCCCGAUCCCUAAAGGCACUUUAUUCGACAUCAUGGCUUCGGUGCCUGCGCUCAACCCAGCAAUAUGGGGAGGUAAUGCCGACGAGGUGGACCCGACGCGGUGGGAUCGCUUGUCCGGCGAACAGUUAUCUCCAUACGUAUUCCAGUGUUUUUCUAGUGGCCCACGUAUAUGUCCUGGGAGAUCUUUCGCCUUUAUGGAGAUCAAGAUUAUUCUUGCUGAGAUUAUCCGAAAUUUCAGGAUCCUAGAGGUUGCAAAGGGGUUCAAGAUCCAGAAUCCUAGCUUGACGAUGCGGCCAAGUGGUUUGGAGAUUCGCCUGGAAAGGAUUACUCCUUGAAUCCUAGCUUUGUAGCUUUCGGGUUGAGAGCUUGGUGUUGUAUGCGUCCGUUAUUUGGGCGGGAUGGAAUGAGUUUUGGAAGUUGAGAUUCAUUCUAACAAAUGGGUCGGGGAUAGUUUGCGAAGAUUUGAAGGGAAUAUAUACAAAUAUUCACAUAAGAGCCUCCUAGAGACUAGACGGUGGUUAUGAAUUUCCAUUGGCAGUAGUAUUAUAAAACCCAAAAUGGCUCGAGGUAGGGGGGAGAUGAAAUCUAAAGGGUGCCUUGACGGGGGGGUUGGAAGCGAAUGUGUGGCAUGCCUGCCAUCAGGACUCAAUAUGAACUAAUAUCAACUUGUAAACUUGAUACUUUGCAUGAGCCUCACUAAGUCAUACGAAGACUUACUGAAAGUCAUACCGGAUUCUGAAUGAUAGGUGUAAUAAUAGGGGUAUUUGCUCGCUGGAGGGGGUGUUUCGAUGCCAUUUCGCUACUUUGGGAGAUAUCUCGCUUCAGCGUCCAAUCACGUAGUUCAACCAUCUUCUGAUUCAACAAAUCGAUGAAAGCGGAAUAGUUGGUGAAGACCCAACCUAUCAUGGUGCUUGGCUGACC